AACACCAACACAAAAUUUGUAUACAACAAAAAUAAGGUCAAUCACGUUUAAAAAAAUGCAAGUUGCAUUUAAGUUAUUCACCCUUACUGGGAUUGUUUUAUUACUUCCGUUUAUAAACGCGAAUUUGGUUGGUGAAGAUGAUUCUUGUUACUCAUUUGCCGGUGGCUCAGUUUAUCCAGCAGGACAAGCUAAAGCCGAUCAUCAAUUGCAAUAUACAAAAGCAGUCAUUUCUAAACCUGCACCUAGUUUUGAAGGAACUGCUGUAGUUAAAGGAGAGAUAACAAAUCUCGCAUUAUCCAGUUAUUUGGGAAAAUAUGUAGUCUUACUUUUCUACCCAUUGGAUUUCACUUUUGUCUGCCCAACGGAAAUUCUCGCCUUCUCCGAUCGUAUCGAAGAAUUCCGUAAAAUCAACACUGAAGUUAUAGCUUGCAGUGUUGAUUCACACUUUACUCAUUUGGCCUGGAUUAAUACACCACGCAGAGAGGGUGGCUUAGGUGCAAUCAAAAUCCCAUUACUUAGCGAUUUGACACAUCGAAUUUCCAAGGACUAUGGUGUCUAUCUUGAUGAUUUGGGUCAUACUUUGCGUGGACUUUUCAUUAUUGACCAACACGGUGUUUUAAGACAAAUCACAAUGAAUGACUUGCCUGUGGGACGAUCAGUCGAUGAAACUCUUCGAUUAGUUCAAGCCUUCCAAUAUACCGAUACACACGGGGAAGUUUGUCCAGCUGGAUGGAAACCAGGUAGUGAUACGAUUGUUCCAAAUCCCAAGGAAAAGAAGAAGUACUUUGAAAGGAACAAUUAAAUUAACUAAGAAGUUUAUUUGUACAAUUUUUUUUUUUUUUUUCAAUAAAGAUCAUGUGAAAAACCCUUG